CUUUCCCUUUUCUUCUUCUUCUUCUUCUCUCUUCGAAGACAACUGAGAAGGAAUAUUGAUAACCGAGCAUUUCUCCAGCAGAGCCCAUGAAGUCCAACGGAGCGAGGCCAUCAAUCGCUCUUCCUCUGCUCGCGCUCUCCUCGCUCUUCUUCUCUUUGGCCGCCUCCGACCCUCGAAUCGUCGAAGCGGGCCUCCUCUGCGGGAACUCCACUGCGACCGUGGACUUCAACUUCAUCACCGUCAUGAGGGAGAUCUCCGACAGCAUCGUUGACCGGCGCUGGGGCAAAUACUCCAUCCCCUCACCGCCGCCGCCAGUGUACGGCCUCGCCCAGUGCCUCGGCGACUUGACCGACACCGACUGCGUCCUCUGCUUCGCCAAGAGCCGGAACCGGAUCCCCCGCUGCCUCCCCAUCGGCCGGCUCUACCUUGACGGCUGCUUCCUCCGUUACGACAAUUACAACUUCUACAACGAGACCGUUGAUCCAACGCACAACAUGCUCAAGUGUAGCUCCAAUUCUACGGUCCCGGCAGAGAGAGUGGCCGAGUUCUCGGAUAGGGUGGACCAGGUGCUGAGGAAUGUCUUAGCAAGCGCGGUGCUGAGCAAGGGCUUCGCAGUGGCUGGGGAGGACGGAGCCGGAGGAGUCGCUGGGGCAUAUGCUUUGGCACAGUGUUGGAGCACGCUUGAUGCCGGCGGUUGCAGAGUCUGUUUGGAGAGUGCAACUUCGAUGGCGAGAAGCUGCGCACCUGGAGAAGAAGCGCGGGCCAUGAACGCGGGAUGCUUCCUCCGUUACUCUACCACAAAGUUCUACAACGUCCCCGUUAGCAGAGGGUCAUCUAGGAUCCGCAUCACCAUAGCAAUAGCCUCAUCGGCUGCCGCAGUGACGUCGCUUGUUCUCAUGGGUGCAUACAUUGGAUGCAAAAAGUACUCCAAGGAAAAACGAGUGCAAAAUAGCCUCAUGCAAUUAGGGGCGAGCAAGAGCAAGUUUAGCUUAUAUUUCAAGUACGAGAUGCUAGAGAAGGCCACCAACUUCUUUGAUAACUCGAGGAAGCUAGGGCAAGGUGGGGGCGGUUCCGUGUACAAGGGGAAUUUACCCGACGGGAAGGUCAUCGCAGUUAAGCGGUUGGUGUUCAACACGCUACAAUGGGUGGACGACUUCUUCAACGAGGUGAACUUGAUUAGUGGGAUCCAACACAAGAACCUCGUUAGGCUUUUGGGAUGCAGCAUCGAAGGCCCAGAGAGCCUCCUCGUCUAUGAAUAUCUUCCUAACGGAAGUCUUGAUCAAGUUCUUUUUGUCAGCAAUGCGACCCCUGUCCUAACUUGGGAGGAAAGGCUGCACAUCAUCAUAGGAAUAGCUGAGGGCCUCGCAUAUCUUCAUGGAGGUUGUGGAGUGAAAAUCAUCCACCGGGACAUAAAAACCAGCAACAUCCUCCUCGAUGAAAAUCUCAAGCCGAAAAUAUCAGAUUUUGGGCUUAUCCGAUGCAUUGCUCUGGAUAAGUCUCAUCUUAGCACAGGAAUCGCCGGCACACUCGGUUACAUGGCGCCUGAAUAUCUUGUGAGAGGACAACUAACAGAGAAAGCCGAUGUUUAUGCUUUUGGGGUGCUGGUUCUUGAAAUCUUGACUGGUAGGAAGAACAACGUAUACACACAGGGGUCAAGCUCGGUAUUACAAUUGGUAUGGAAGCACUACAAGUCAAAUAAUUUAGCUGCGUGUAUUGAUCCGGCCUUACAAGGUAAAUUCUCUGUCCUGGAGGCAUCGAAUGUGCUCCAAAUCAGUCUUCUGUGCACUCAAGCCUCCAUGGAAUUGCGACCGCCCAUGCCUGGAGUCGUCGAGAUGCUUCAUGACAAAGACCGUAUAAUCCCCCAACCGAACCAGCCCCCAUUCCUCAACGCUAGCGUGCUAUUCGACAAAUCCAGUAGCAGAAGUUCUUCAUGCACACGUAGCUGUUGAACGAGCUCACGGCCUUCGAGGGCUCUUCCAGCUUGAUAGGAAGCCCUCUUCCAGCUUAGUUGCGUUGACCUUUUAGGAUUGGGACCUUUCUUCUUCUUCUUCCAACGAAUACAAACACUUGCCAACGAGUGAUUGAAAACACUUUGCAAACGACUGGCGGUGCAUAUUUUAGUGACGUUAGGGCAUGAGUCAAAUUAUUGUUACUUGGUUAGCAGCAUGUUUAGAUGAUGAGGAGUCCAAUCUUAAUUCGAUAAAUCAUGGAUAUCCCCCGAAUAUAUGAAUCCGAGUGAGAUGCGAUUGCUUUAUUUUUUUCGUAGUUUUA